ACUCUCUCUCUGUAAAUUGGUAGUAACGGAUUGUUUUAAAUUUAAAAGUAAAGACGCCGACAAGCCGCAACAUUGUGAAAAGAAGUCUUGAAAAAUUUGGAAAAUUCCUUUAAAUACAGUAGUUAGAAAUAGUGAAAAGUGUAAAAAUAAUGUCCGAGGCUUCUGCAGAUUGUGUUAAGGUUGCAGUGAGGGUGAGACCUUUGGUGGAAAAUGAGAUUUCUAAAGGUUGCCAGCAGGUCAUUGUGAAGGAGCCUCAUGUGCCCCAGAUUUCCAUCCCUGGAGAUCGUUCCUACACCUUUAAUCAGGUUUUCAUGCCUGAAGAUGAUCAAACAGUGGUCUACAAUGACGCAGUGAGGGGAAUGAUAGAGAAACUCUUUGAAGGAUACAAUGUCACGAUCUUAGCGUAUGGCCAGACAAGCUCUGGGAAGACAUACACCAUGGGCACCACGUACAGUGGCAAGGAGGAUAGUAGUGCUGGUAUUAUUCCUCGAGCCAUGACGGAUAUUUUUCAGCAAAUUGACGAGAUGAAGAGGGAAAAUUUUACCUUUUCCGUCUCUUGUACAUUUCUGGAGCUGUAUCAGGAAGAUCUCUAUGAUUUGCUUGCAGACAAGCCGCGGGAGGGCAAUACCCUUGAUAUUCGCGAGAGUAACAAUAAUAUUGUGAUUCCGGGAGUGACAGAAGUGACUGUGGCGAGUGCUUUGGAGACUACAGAUUGUCUUAUUCGGGGCUCAGCUGGACGGGCAGUUGGAGCCACAGCUAUGAAUUCCCAAUCAAGUAGAUCCCAUGCGAUUUUCUCCGUCAAAAUUGAGAUCACUAGCAGCAAGGAGACAGUAAGUGCAAAGUUCCAGUUGGUUGACCUGGCUGGCUCCGAGAGGGCCAGCAAAACCAAAGCGACAGGUGAACGAUUCCGGGAGGGCGUGAAGAUCAAUCAGGGUCUGUUGUGUUUGGGAAAUGUGAUUUCAGCGCUGGGAAGUGGGAAUAAUCAGGGAAACUUUGUUUCCUACCGAGAUUCCAAGCUGACACGCCUGCUGCAGGGAUCUCUGGGAGGGAAUUCUGUAACUUUGAUGAUUGCCUGCGUCAGUCCGGCGGAUUACAAUGUCGAGGAGACCAUCAGUACUUUGAGGUAUGCCAAUAGGGCUAAGAAUAUCAAAAAUAAGCCCAUUGUCAACAGAGAUCCCAAUGUGGCUGAAAUUAUGGAACUUAAGAAGAUCAUCCAGCAGCUCAGGCUCCAAAUCCUGGCCAAUAAUGCACCUCAGGGAGAAGUGGCUGCUGUCAAGGGAGUCGAUGAUGGACAGCUGCGACGGGAGCUGAUAGCGGCCAAUGAGAGAAACAUCCGGAUGCAGAGGGACUUCCAGGCGACUCUCAAUGAUCUCGCAGACUUCCAGAUGAAGUGCGUCAUGGCGGAGAAUAUCAAUGAGGAGCUGCAGAAGUUGGUGGAGGAGCUCAAGAAGGAGACAGAUGGCUAUGGAACAACUUACCUGGAUCAAGAGCUGGAGGAUGAGAAAAAGCUCGAAGAUCAGAUUGAAGCCUUUGGGAGGAUCAGAAACACCGUGGACAAAAUCAGUCAGCUGAUGCUGCAGCACAAGGACGAGGUGGAAAAGAUGAAUGAGUCCAGCAAGAGCUUCUGUCAGGAUCUUGGAGGGAAGGAAUCUAUGGAUACAGCAGAGAUGCAAUUGAAACUGGAAGCCUGUACGUCCAAGCAGAUGACCUUCAACAAUGAACUACGUGAUCUCAAUCUGCAGCUGGCGCAGAAGGAGGAGCUGCACAAGAGAUGCGUGGAGAAUCUCAUGAGGGAGGAAAUUGAUGAGAAGAUCCGGGACUAUGAAUCACUGAUCACGCAGCUGGAGCGAGAACGAGAGGAAUUGCAGGAGAAACUCAAUGGGAAGAAGACCACAGCGACGGCCAAGUUGGCUGAGGAGCGCAGGAAGCGUUUGCAGCAUCUGGAAAUGGAGAUUGCGGACAUGAAGAAGAAGAUAACGCAGCAGUCGAAGUUGCUGAAGGUGCGCGAGAGGGAUUCGCAGAAGGUCGUAACGCUCACCAUGGAGAUCCAACAGAUGCGUCAGACAAAAGUGAAGCUGAUUCGUGCUAUGAGGGCUGAGAAUGAGAACUUCCGGAACUGGAAGCUGGCCAGGGAGAAGGAGAUGUGUCAGCUCAAAGAAAAAGACAGGAAGAGGGCGAAUGAGAUGAAGAGGAUGGCUGAUAUGCACAACAAACAGAGCAAUGUGCUCAAGAGGAAGUUCGAGGAGGCUGUGGCGAAGGCAAAACGCCUCGAGGAGACUCUCGAUCGCCAGAAGGCUGUUCAGUCGAUGAGAAAGGGCAACAUGAGCAAGCUGGGCGGGGAACAACUCACCACAUGGCUUGAUCAUGAGAUUGAAGUAAUGAUGUCCACAAUUGAUGCAAAAGUCUCACUGGAUCAUCUCAUGGAGGAUCGUGGGAUGGUGACAAUGCGUCUCAAUGAGACCAGAGCUCUUCCCAUGCCCAAUCUCGAUGAAGUGGCUGAACUGGAGGAGGAUCUAGAGAUGAGAAAUGCCCAAAUAACUGACCUUCAGCAGAAAACAAUGAACUUCAAUGUGACAUCCAAGGCAAAGACAAUUUCCGAUGGGAUUGUAAGUCUCCAGGAUGCACGAAUGGGCAUUAAGCAUAUCUUCGGGGUCCUGGCUGAAGUUCGCCGGGAGAAUGCUCAAAAGGAUACCGUCUGUGAGACGUACAGGACGGAGCUGGAAGAGCUCAAAGAGAAAAUUGAAAAGCUGGAGACUCAGCAGAAAGAAAAGGAUCGUCAGCAUUCUCUGGCUCUCACGGAAGCAGAUAAAAAUUACCAGGAGAAAAUCACGAUAGUUCUACGAAAUCUCCGGGAUGGCGAAUUGAAUUCUCAAGGAGUCAAAGAAAUCGAUUCUGUCCUCCUGGAUAAACUCGAUGAGCUCCGUGAGGAGAAUGAGGCCCUGAAGAAGAAUGAAGAGAAGCUCCAAGCCGAAAUUGAGAAGCUGAAGCAGCCGAAGCGCAAGAAGUCAGUGAAUCCUCCUGCACAACUGAACAUCACAGCGGACAUUCUGACAGAAACCGAUACAGAGGACGAGGAGGAGGAAGAUUCCAGCGAUGUCGAAUGGAGGCUAACCCCGUUCGUGAAGAAAACCAAGAAGAUCUCAGAUGCCAGUUCCGAGGGGUCCAACAAGAGAAAGAGAAAGUCGGACAAUUCAGGGACUUGCCACUGCAAAACAGAUUGCUCCAAGAAAAACUGCGGAUGUCGCAAAGGAGAUCAAGUGUGCACGGAAAAGUGUCGCUGCCCAGACACCUGUGUCAACAAGGUGCCCGAAGUGAAGGAGGAAGUGUCCAGCAGCACAAAUGAAAUCAUUGAUCAGGAAGAAGAGGAAGAUAAGGAAAAUACGCCAAUGAAGAAGCCCAAAACCGAAUUCAAGGAGCCUGAUCACUUAACGCCCUAUCCGUAUAAAAACAAAAAGCGCACUUUCUUCGAGUGAGUCUAAUGUUUUUCAUUUGAUUUUUUUACAUUCAAUAAAUUAUGAUUUGAUUUUUCAUCUUA